AUGGGAACAACCAAGCAAAACAAAAGCCAUCCUAAAUCCACAAAGCAGUACUUCUUACUGGAGGAAAGAGACAGGCUGAAGAACUCGGCUGGUGGGGUCCAAGGUGGCAGUGCUAAUGCCAUUGCAUCCAACAGAGGAAUAAGCCAGGCCAGCCAGAGCAGUGACAAAGGUGCCUUUUCUGCCUCACAAGAUGACAAGCAGGAGACCAGCCACCUCAAGGGUGUGCAUGGCCACAGUGGGUCCUCACACAGCACGGGGAAUAAACAGGAGGGACUGGAGCUCUGCGUGCAGUCACAGGGCCAUGAUCUCAUUGCAGUCACAGGCUUUUCAGGAAAGACAGGCCAGCAAGACGAGGUGGGGGAGCUGCUCUUUAUGCCACCUGAUGAGAAAGAAGUCAAUGAGUCCUUCUACAGCCAGCUAGAAGUACCCUCACAAUUGCAGGCCCUGGUUCUCGUGGGUGACUUCAACCCCCGUGAUAUUUGCCUGAAAAGCAAGAUGGCGAGGCACACACCAUCCAGGAGGCUCCUGCAGAGCAUUGAGGAUAACUUUUUGACACAGGUGCUGGAGGAGCCAACAAGGCAAGAUGUGCUGCUGGACCUUAUACUAACAAACAGAAGGAGUGUGUCUCUGUUUGCCUUUUUGCAUAGGAAACAGCUGAAAAGCACUUCUAAGUAUAUUUAUCAGACUCUGUUUGUGAAUGGGGAGAACAGCGAUGUCAAAAUUUGUGCUCUGGGAGAGGAGUGGAACUUGCAUAAGAUCUAUUUGUGCCAGUCAGGCUACUUUUCCAGUAUGUUCAGUGGAGCUUGGAAAGAAUCUAGCAUGAACAUCAUAGAGUUGGAGAUUCCUGACCCAAACAUUGAUACAGAAGCUCUACAGGUGGCUUUUGGCUCGCUGUACAGAGAUGAUGUAUUAAUAAAACCCAGUCGAGUAGUUGCCCUUUUAGCAGCAGCCUGCAUGCUGCAGCUUGAUGACUUAAUCCAGCAAUGUGGUGAAACAAUGAAGGAAACCAUUAAUGCAGAAACUGUGUGUGGUUAUUACAAUUCAGCGGCAACAUAUGGGUUAGACUCUGUGAAGAAAAAGUGCCUGGAAUGGCUCUUGAAUAACCUGAUGCCUCACCAGAGUGUGGCGCUCUUCAAAGACCUCAGCAUAAACCUCAUGAAACAGCUGAUUAGUUCUUCUGACCUACUUGUAGUGCAAGUGGAAAUGGAUGUGUACACCGCUCUCAAAAAGUGGAUGUUCCUCCAGCUAGUGCCUACUUGGAAUGGGUCUUUGAAACAACUCUUAACCGAAGCUGAUGCGUGGUUUGCCAGGCGCAGGAGAGAUUUUGAGGAUGACGUUGCCUUCCUGGAAUCGGAACAGGGGAAUGCGUUCCUGUCGGUGUUCACACACUUGAGAUUACAGUAUAUCAUCAGUGACUUGGCGUCAGCCAGAAUUAUUGAGAGAGAUUCCCUAAUGCCCUCAGAAUGGCUGUCCUCUGUUUACAAACAGCAGUGGCUUGCCGUGCUCAGAGCAGAACAAGGCAAUGAUAUUGGGCCUCAGGAAGUAAAUAAAGAGGAACUGGAAGGAAACAGCAUGAGGUGUGGUCGAAAACUUGCAGAGGGUGGCCAUUACUGCUGGCGGUGGACUGGGUUCAACUUUGGCUUUGACCUUCUUGUCACUUAUACAAAUGGUUACAUCAUUUUCAAGCGGAAUACGCUGGAUCAGCCAUGCAGUGGAUCAGUCAGUCUGCAGCCUCGGAGAAACAUAGCCUUCAGGUUACGUGUAACCUCUUUUGAUAGCAGCGGGAAAGUUACUUUCAGUAGAACAACAGGAUAUCAGAUUCUAACCUUUCAGAAGGACCAGGAGCAGAUAGUGAUGAAUUUGGACAGAAGCCUCCUGACCUUCCCGCUCUACAUCUUCUGUAACUUUUUGUACACAUCGCCAGAGAAGACGACCGACAGCGAGGCACUGCCAGAUAACUCAGAAACCUGAGACCUCUUUAUAUAUUAUAUAUCUAUAUAUUUUAUAUAUAUAUAUAUGGCCUUAGUAUACUCCUAUGCAUAUCUGAAAAGAUCAUCAGAAAUUGUGUAGGCCAAAACUAGUUAUCCCAUAUGUUUUUUUAAUUUCUGUUCUGCACCUGCAGACAGUAGCCAUUCCGUGGUUAAGAAAUGUUAGACUUUUUAUUUUCCUGGGUGAAAACUGAGCCAAAUGGGACAGGGGGAGUUUGUGUGAAUGACAUCUUACGAACUUUCCUGUCAGAUUCUGAGCACGCAUUGUAGGACGCGUGGUUUUUGUAGUGUCUUAUUUGUUUGUGGGUUGGUUUUUUUUUUUAAAUGACUGAUCUGUAAAUACCA